UAUCCUUUGGUUUAUUCUAUGAUUUUAGAAAUGGCGAGAAAUUCUAGUUCUCAGAAAUUGCCAGAAAUGAAUGGAGAAAAUGUUAGGCCAAUAUCAGUGGCAAAUACUGGACACGGUAGCAAUUGCAAAGAGGAGGUCUUAAAAGAUAUUCCGAAUUCUGGGUCAGCACAGACAAUGAAUCCGUCAAAGAAAGAGUCAAGUACUCAUGGCGAGGGCAGUGCUCCAAGCCCAAAUGAGACAGAUGGAAUGAACGGCUGUGACAGUGAACCUUCAAACGAUACUAGAACAAAUAAGACGGUGGUAGGUGAAGAAAACAAUGCCGACGAAGAAGAAGCAGAGCCAAAGGAUGAGAUUGAUGGCAAUGUUGUCACGAGAUUUUUCCGUGAAUUUAUCGAAGGACAUGAUGAUGAAAUUAAAACGUAUAAAGUGCAGCUAUACAGUUGCAAUCAAUCACCUGAAAUAAAAGGAGGUUUUUUAAGAAUGGAAGUUGUUGAUAACGAUCGACUACAAGUCACUACAACUGGUUUUAGAGAAGAUCCGCAAACAAUUUGGCUGACUCAUUACACACUCAACGAAGACCUUAACCAGUUGGUCAUAUUUGAAAACGAAAGUUGCAGUAGAAAAACGAGGGCGAAAUGUGUUCUUUUUACGCAACACGUUGGAGACUCUGAAGAAUACAUCCUUACCGGGAAGAAGGUCAACACAAUACCGGUGAGACUGCGCGAAUUUGACCCGGAAAUCGGCUUCGUAAAGAAGCCAAAAGCAGUUGGGAGCGAGCUUCUCGUUCUCAAGUCAAUGUUAACCAGCAAGGAAAGGCCGUUGAUGGUUGGUUUCGACGGAGCAGGCCAGCCUAUUCCACUUAAUAAAGUGCAAAAAUAUUCUGCCGAUUUUCAGGCAUUUUUCAGGAUUCUAGAAGCUCGAUAACUUUGACCUUCGACCUACGGCUUCAACCUAGCAACAUUGAUUUUAAGAAAGUUGGCAACUAAACGUCGUUUGUAUCCGAAAGGACGGAUAUAUAGGACCGUGGGUCGUUAUUUAUUGUGUUUUUAAGAGUGGUGUAUUAAUUUCACGUAUGUACCUUUGAAGGUCAUGUCCAGUCAAGAUUACUGCGCUGCAUCGCAUCGAUUCUAGUCUAGUCUAGUCAUGAUACGGACAGUUUGUCAUAUUUCAAGAAAUAUAUAACAGCUCAAAAUGUAAUAAUAUUCUUAUAAGUUUGCU